CGGGCUGAAGAGGUAGCCUAUAAUAUUAUAGAUAUUUUUAUGUUGCUUGGAGCUCCUGCUAUUUUGCAGUUUGAUAAUGGAAGAGAAUUUUUAAACCAAAUAGUGUCUAAUUUAAGAAAAAUGUGGCCUAAAUUAAAAAUAGUACAUGGCAAACCGAGGCAUAGUCAAUCUCAAGGUAGUGUAGAACGUGCAAAUCAGAAUAUUGAAAAUAUGUUGACAACGUGGAUGUAAGAUGAAAAAAACCGACACUAGAGCGAAGGACUUCGAUUCAUCCAGCUUAUGAAAAACCGAGCUUAUCAUUCUGGUAUUAAAAUGUCUCCAUAUGAAGAUUUAUUUGGCUGCAAAAUUAAAAUUGGUCUACACACUUCAAAUUUACCACACGAUAUAAUAAAUACGAUAGAAAAUGAAGAACAGUUAGCUGAAUUAAUUACAGAACAGUCACAAAAUGUCGAAAAUGAAGUAUUAGCUGGCACAGAACAUAUCACAGAACAACCACAAAACAUCGAAAAUGAAGCAUCAGACACAGAACAACAAUUAGCUACAACUAUCAAAUUAAAUAACGAAAACGCCAAUGUCAUGCGAACUAGAGCCAAAGAAAAUCUUGAAAACCAAGCAAGAAAAAUGAUGGCGUGGUCGGAUAAGAAGCUAUUACCGGUGGCAAUUCAUUCAACUGUACGUGUUCCAGUUCCCGAGAUAGAUAAAGGACGUUUAGAUGCACGAAGUAUACUGGCAAUUGUUUUAGAGGUGACAAGUGAUAGUUUUUAUCGAUUAGGAACUCGGGAUGGAGUUCUGAAGCAAUUAUAUGCCAGAAGUCAGUUUACAGUAUGUCAGAAAAAGCUACUACAAAUUGACGAGAUUCCAAUAGACACAAAAGUGGCAUUAUGA